AUGGCCAUGUCUCAGCCGAAGAAAACAGGAAGAGAAAAGGGGGAAAGAAGAUAUAGUUCCAUCGCUUGCUUGGAGUGCCGAAAGCGCAAAGUCAAGUGUAACAAUGAUAGACCCCGAUGUUCCAACUGCAGUCUGUACCAAGUCGAGUGUAUCUAUGGUGAAGACCGCCGUCGGGCGUCAGAAGGUCGCCGAAAACCCAGUGUGACUAGAGGAGAACUGGCACAUAACAUCAAUCAUGCUGAGGUCACCAUCGAUGAACCCUCUGUGACUGUUGAGAGCGGUUCGGCCUCAAUAUGGGACGACUUUGCCCUGGGCCGCUUGCCCGGACAGCAACAGGAUGGAGCAGACAUUGAUUUCACCGCUCCAUCAUUGGCUUUCUCAUUUUCACAACAGGAAUGGGAUCCUUCAGCCGACGACAGCGUUGCUCUCACAGGGCUCGAAGGCGGUCUAGGAGUCGACCAGUAUCAGUCUAUUUCGUUCUUCCCCGAUACAUCCUUCGAUCCUCGUGAGCAGCAAGAGUGUGUCAGCCAGGAAGUUUUCGCCGAAACUCCUGAUACCUCAACAACAAGCCAGGGUUUCUCUCCAACAGGCGCAAACAUCAUAGAGAGUCAUUCUGUUGAUCCUGUUGUUGCUCCAACAGGAGCCGCCACCAAGCUGAGCAGGACUCGGUCGCAAGAUGAACUGGCGACUACUGUAAGUGAUAUGACCAAGCAAUUGACGAGCCGCCUUGGACGUCUACAAAUUGCGGAAGACGGUCUGCCUCGCUACUAUGGAGCGACUUCGAACCUACACAUCCUCCAUAGCGGUCCAAACUCGCUGGUGCAGCCCAACAUUCGUCAUGUCUUGACUCAUGGGGAUGCUGCCAUUUCUCAAGCUGGCCUUGUGUGGCAGGGUGAUCUUGCAUACGAAAACCAUCUCACCAACCUCUUUUUCUCGUGGCACAAUACACUCAUGCAUGUUCUGGACAAGAGUAUAUUUCUGCGGGCAAGGCGGCAAUUUAAACAGGGACAAAUGACUGACCUCUACUCUCCAGCUCUGGAAAACGCAGUAUUCUGUGUCGGAUCAGCCUACACUGACCGCUCACAUCCAGCCAUAAAAGAAGCGGCAGACGAGUUCUUUGCCUUCCGGACCAAGGCGUAUCUGGAGAUAGAAAUGGACAGUCCUACCAUUGCCACUGCCCAAGCCGUUCUGAUUCUGUCUUCACAUGAGGCCGCUCAUGCUCGAGAGUCCCGGGGAUGGAUCUACUCCGGGAUGGCCGUCCAGAUUAUGACAGACCUGGGACUACACCUUGAUCUCGGAAAAGAGUAUUCACGCUUGGACAGAAGGGAGUCCGAGUCUGAUGAUGUGUCUAUUCUACGCCGCAACCUAUUUUGGUCUACUAACACAAUAGACACCUUAUGGAGCGCUCACAUCGGGCGGCCUUCAUUGAUGAAACGCCUCGCCCAUAAUGUUCAGUGUCCGUUACCUUCUCCAACCUACAAUUGGGAAUAUUACACAGAUGAGUACAGCACUCGCAAGUUCCCGCCGGACUUCAACUCUCGUGCUGCCGCGUACGUUCACAUAUAUUUGGCCUCGCUCAUGACCAUACUGGCCAGAAUUUCCGACGCUCUGUACUCCGGAGUACCUGAGUUGUCCAGGGAUACCGAGAAAUUUGUCGCGGAUGCGGAUGCUGACUUUGAGGAAUGGUUGUCGUCGCUACCGCAGGAUCUUCGCCUCGACGCAUCAGACUCAGAGUCGUUUCAUCUGCCAGCCGUGCUUGAGUUACAUAUGAGCUACCAUGAGUGCAUCAUCCUCCUGCAUAGACCGUUGAUGUCAUCGAAGGACAUCAGAACAGAUAUGGUGCCCACUCCAGCGAAUUCCUCUUUGCAGAAGUGUGUCAAGAGCGCCGAAGAGAUAUGCCGCAUCCUCGUCAUGUUUCGCAAAAUGUAUGGCCUGAGACGACCACAUCACCACAUGGUGCAUGUCACCAUGACGGCGGCAUUGAUCCACAUCUUUCAGCUUUGUGCCUGGUCUGCGGGAACCGAGCAAAACAAGGAAGCUCAGACGAAUCUCCUUACCUGUAUUCAGGCGUUGGGAGAGAUGGGGCAAACCUACAAGAGUGCUUCACGAGCACUGGACGUGGUCACCUCGUUAAGACAGAGUUGGCAAAAUGAUGCCUUUGCAGGAGACAGAUUCAAGAAGGCCAGACUGGGAUGA